CCUCCUUGCCCUUUUACAAAAAUACAAAAAUCAAAACAAAGUGUGGCAGUGGAAAAUCAUCCUUAUUAAUUAAAUUUUAAUAGAUUCCAAUUGAUUUUGACUUGUCUGCAUACAAAACAAAAUAAAUUGAACAAUUCCAAUUCUUUUAUUUUCUCACAUAAAUUAAAUUUCAUCUUGCCAUUUAUUCGCAACUGUUGCAAGUAUUAAGAAGUUGAAGACAACCAAACCCAAAGGAAAUAAAACGUUUUGUUAGCCUCACAUUAAACAAAUUAAAGAAUGGCUAAAUUUUUUAAAAAGAAGUCAACAAGAUACGCUAUACCAUUCUUGACAUUGGUUAUAGGUGGAUCAUUUGGAUUGAAAGAAUUUGCCCAGAUUAGGUAUACAUUUUCUAAGAAAGAAGCCUUUAAACCAGAAGAAAUGAAAAAGCUAGGUGUGAAAAAGGAAGUCAAAAGCACAGGAGAAGUCACUCUCGAAUCUGAAUAUGAAAAAAUUAAAGCGAUUGAUGUUGAUCACUGGGAAAAUAAAAGAGGCCCGAGACCAUGGGAAGCGGACUCGCUCCAGAAAAUAUAGUUUCUUGUGUUCCUUAAAUAAAAAUAGUUAACGUUAUUCUCGUUAUUGUGCUGUGAACUUACAUAUUUUAAAAGAUUUCUUUCC